AUGUCGGACAUCGAAUCCCUCCCAGAAUCUCCGCUGCCCGAUCGCGACGAUCAUGCCGACAAUGAAGAACCUCGCGAGGGCGCCGGAGGCGCGACUGCCACCGAGCUUUCUGACGACGACCAACUGUCGGAGAUGGACGAGGACCAGUUCGAGGACUACGACCCAGAGACAGCCAACAUUGAAGACCGACCAGUAGCUGUUGAUGAAGACGUGGCUAAGACCCUCAAGGCGUCGAAGCGCAAGGUGGCGGACGGUGCGAGAGCGAAGAAACCAAAGGAGGGACGUCGAGAGAAGAAGAGAUCACGCGAUGAUGAGGUUUCUGGCGAGGUGGAUGGUGACGCGGGACGGCCUGCGCGCAAGUCGAGACGGCAGGCUGAUGGCGAGAGGAAGCCCCGGCCCAAGGCUGCCGAGCCCGAGAUCGACGACGAGUCCCAUCUCACGCCAGAGGAGCGCAGACGGCGUGCGAUCGACCGGGCGCUGGAUGCCGCCAUGAAGGGGCCUGUGAAGCGGAAGAAGAAGAAGGACGAGAUUGACCUGGAAGACGAGAUCGAUGAGCAGAUUGCCGAUCUGAAGGUCGCGAUGGAGAAGGCCUGCGAGGCCGACAACAGCGCACGCGAGGCCGGUCAACCAGCGGUUCACAAGCUGAAGCUCCUGCCUUCGGUGACUGGUCUGCUGAACAGGAAUAACAUCCAGCAUGCCAUUCUCGAUCCCGACACCAACUUCUUGCAGCACGUCAAGUUCUUCCUCGAACCCCUGAACGAUGGCAGUCUGCCCGCAUAUAACAUUCAGCGCGACAUUUUCAGCGCGCUGAUCCGACUUCCGAUCGAAAAGGAGGCGCUUCUCAGCAGCGGCAUCGGAAAGGUUGUCUACUUCUACACGCGCUCGAAGAGGCCCGAACCCAGCAUCAAGCGCAUGGCCGAGCGCCUCCUUGGUGAUUGGAGUCGACCUAUCCUCAAGCGGACGGACGACUACAAGAAGCGUCACGUCGAGACGCGCGAGUUCGACUAUGAGGCUCUCAAGAUGUCGCAACGCCAGGCCGGCAGCUCCCAGUUCACCCUCACCCAGCGGCCUUCCCAGUCUGCACGAGAGCUGGAGCGCGAGGCCAUGCUGGCGCCCGUCGUCACCUCAAACCGUGCUCGUCCUGGCGGUCUCCCCGACAGCUACACGAUUGCUCCCAAGAGCACGUACGACGUCUCGCGGGCCCCGGAGCACCGUCCCAUCGGCGCUGGUGGCCUGGAGGCCUUCCGCAAGAUGACGCAGAACCGCAAGAAGCGGUAA